AGCCUCGCUGCGCGAGCCGGGCCAGUCAAUCAGCCGCAGAGCUGAGAAGGGCACAACCGUGCGGCUGAGGGCUGUGAGCUGAGCCGAGCUGGGUGAGCGGAGCAGCGCCGGGUAGCCGGAGCCCCGCGCCAGCGAUCACCCGCCGACGCCGCCCACACUCUGCUCUCCUGCGACGCCUGCCACCUUCCCUUCUUUUCCUGAGCCCCUCCGCCCCUAGCCAACUGGCCCGGGAUCUCUAGCCUUCGGAGCCCCGAGGUCACCGAUUUCCCGUGGGUCCUGCACCCAUUCCACGCCUUUUUCCCUGUACUCCACCCCGGCCGGGCGCCUGGCACCGGGGACCGUUGCCUGCCGCGAGGCCCAGCUCCACUUUUCGCCCGCGUCUCCUCCUUUUGCCCUCCUCCUCUUCCUUCUUUGCUACCAACUGCAACUCCUCGGUCCUCGCUCAACUCGUGAGUCCUUGACUCCGCGCUUCUCCGCCCGCUCCGCAGCCCCGCUUCCCAUCCCGUCUUAUCCUGUUCCCCAAAGGUGGGAGCGCAUCUGCCCGGGUCCGCACCAUGGCAAGGCUAGGCUUGCUCGCGCUUCUCUGCACCCUGGCCGCGCUCACUGCCUCGCUGCUGGCUGCGGAGCUCAAGUCGAAAAGUUGCUCGGAAGUGCGACGUCUUUACGUGUCCAAAGGCUUCAACAAGAACGAUGCCCCCCUCUAUGAGAUCAACGGCGACCAUUUGAAGAUCUGUCCCCAGGGCUACACCUGCUGUUCUCAAGAGAUGGAAGAGAAGUACGGCCUGAAAAGUAAAGAUGAUUUCCAGAGCGUGCUCAGUGAACAGUGCAACCAUUUGCAGGCCGUCUUCGCGUCCCGCUACAAGAAGUUUGAUGAAUUCUUCAAAGAACUACUUGAAAAUGCAGAGAAAUCCCUGAAUGAUAUGUUUGUGAAGACAUAUGGCCACUUAUACAUGCAAAAUUCAGAACUAUUUAAAGAUCUCUUCGUAGAGUUGAAGCGCUACUAUGUGGCGGGAAACGUGAACCUGGGAGACAUGCUCAAUGACUUCUGGGCUCGCCUUCUGGAGCGCAUGUUCCGCAUGGUGAACUCUCAGUACCAUUUUACAGAUGAGUACCUGGAAUGCGUGAGCAAAUACACAGAGCAGCUGAAGCCCUUUGGAGAUGUCCCUCGGAAACUGAAGCUCCAGGUUACACGCGCCUUUGUUGCAGCCCGGACUUUUGCUCAAGGCUUAGCAGUUGCAAGGGACGUGGUGAGCAAAGUCUCUGUGGUGAACCCCACAGCCCAGUGCACGGAAGCGCUGCUGAAGAUGAUCUACUGUUCUCACUGCCGGGGCUUGGUGUCUGUGAAGCCCUGUUACAACUACUGCUCUAACAUCAUGAGAGGCUGUUUGGCCAACCAAGGAGAACUCGAUUUUGAGUGGAACAAUUUCAUAGACGCUAUGCUGAUGGUGGCAGAGAGGCUGGAGGGCCCCUUCAACAUUGAGUCGGUUAUGGAUCCUAUAGAUGUGAAGAUUUCUGAUGCUAUCAUGAACAUGCAGGAUAACAGUGUCCAAGUGUCUCAGAAGGUUUUCCAAGGCUGUGGGCCUCCGAAGCCUCUCCCGGCUGGCCGAAUUUCUCGGUCCAUCUCUGAAAGUGCCUUCAGUGCUCGAUUCCGGCCUUAUCAUCCAGAACAACGCCCAACCACAGCCGCUGGCACUAGUUUGGACCGACUGGUUACUGAUGUCAAGGAAAAACUGAAACAGGCUAAGAAGUUCUGGUCCUCUCUCCCAACCACUGUUUGCAAUGACGAGAGGAUGGCGGCAGGGAAUGGCAACGAGGAUGACUGCUGGAACGGCAAGGGCAAAAGCAGGUACCUGUUUGCAGUGACCGGAAAUGGAUUGGCCAACCAGGGCAACAACCCCGAAGUCCAGGUCGACACCACCAAACAAGACACACUGAUCCUUCGUCAAAUCAUGGCCCUUCGGGUUAUGACCAAUAAGAUGAAGAAUGCUUACAACGGCAACGACGUGGACUUCUUUGAUACCAGUGAUGAAAGUAGCGGAGAAGGAAGCGGAAGUGGCUGCGAAUAUCAGCAGUGUCCUUCCGAGUUUGAGUACAAUGCCACUGACCAUUCUGGGAAGAGUGCCAAUGAGAAGGCCGACAGCGCCAGCGCCCAUGCCGAGGCAAAGCCCUACCUCCUCGCUGUUCUCUGCCUCUUGUUCUUCGCUGUGCAGAGAGAGUGGAGAUAAUUGUCAAACCCUGAGUAAAAGUGUUCACCAUCAGAGAGUUCAAAAGACACCAGUUCUCACUUUUUUUUUUUACCAUCCUAGUGACUUUGCUUUUUAAAUGAAUGGACAGACAGCAGCUGUACAGUUUUUACGAUGUGGCCACUGGUUUGAGCAGUUGUUGACUUUGUUUUCUCAUUCAGUUGGAGGGGACAGCAGGGACUCCUGCGUUUUAAGUUUGUUCUGCUCCUUCAGAAAUCGUGUUCAAUGUGGCUAACAGUGUAGGUACAGAACUGUAGUUAGUUGUGCAUUUGUGAUUUAGCACUCUUGUUCUGUUUUUUUUUUUUUUUCCGCUCAUUUUAUUUGUGGGGCUUUUCUUUUCGAAUUAUGAUCUCACCUUGUUUCUCCCAAGAAAACCAGGCUCCUUUCUUGGCAUGUAACAUGUACGUAUUUCUGAAAUAUUAAAUAGCUGUACAGAAGCAGGUUUAUUUAUCAUGUUAUCUUAUUAAAGGAAAAAGCCCAACAAGCCGUAAGAUUUCCAUUUAUCCCUCUUAUUUGAACUGCCUUGUCUGGAGAAGUGGACGCAACUUGGAGGCUUCUUUUUUCUGUUUGUAUUCCAUUAGGACAGAAUGUGGAGCCACAAACAGGCUUCCGAGCCACUGGUCAAACUGCGUUCAAACACCAGUCUAAGAAGACAGUUAGACCCCACUCAGAACUGGGUGCUGGAAGAGACCCAUUUGGAUUGAGUGGAAUCUUGAAUUCUUGAAUCCACCCAUACUCAAAGUGUACCCGAUCCUGGAAAAUAAAAAUUCUUGAUGUAGGUGCCCUCGAAAGAUGAAAGGCACUCAGGGUGCCCCACUUAUCCCAUGUACACUCUUGGACUUGGGGGGUAUAUAUUAAAAACCAGGCAGCUUAGGGAGCCACUAGUCCUUUAUCCCAAUGGCAGUAGCAGGUGCCCAACAAUCUCAUUUGUCCCCACCCCGUGUUGGAGGGAUCCACAUUCCUGACCCACUGACCACUCUGGGAAGAGUGCCAUAAAAGGGAGCUGUCUGGCAGCUAGCCAGAACUGGGGUACAGCCUGGGCUCAGGGAAUUGCUGUCAACACUCAAGCAGAGUUUUUGUCUGUGUGUAUAUGUUUGCAUUUUGUCAACUCCAGUUUUGAAAAGAGUGUAAGGUGAUCUAAUUGGAUUAUUUUUUCUUUCUCCGCCGCUCACUUUUGAUCAGUUCAAUGAAGGGCCCAGACUGAUUUGCAGCCAUCUGCUCUCGAUCCUGCCCAAGGAGCCCACUGAGAGGAGAGCUGGGUGUCCAGAUUUUUGUAUGCUAUCUUUUUGUGGGAGGAAUGGGAGUAUAUAGAGCUAAGAAGACCUCAUCUCCUAGGUGGCCCUUAGCCACAUAGGUGCACUAGCAAAAACCCUAACUUGUCCCAGGCCAAAGACUUGUCCACUGCCUUGCCCCCUUGGAAGCCCUUUUCUUGAAUCCAAAUGACCGGUCAGAAAACCUGGAGAAAGUAGCAGAUCAUUUCAAAAUGACUUCUCAGAAGUUGUCAGAAACACUACCACUGUGCAAGGUUCUUCUGCUCUCUAAGUCAUGAAGAUGCCAGAAGCCCAUAGACAGGUUGUUUUGUGUUAUUGUUCAAUCUUCAGUUAUAAGAGGAAAGCUCUAUUUUUAUAUUGAAACAUAAUUACUUGAUAGCUCAGGGUCUACAUUUCAGUCAACUUUUUACACCAAAUUCUUCAGAAUGAAUGGUCAAAAUGAAAUAUUGGGGGCUGUUGUAAACAGAGGCUUAAUUUUAGUAGAAGUAGCCAGUUAUUAAAGCAUGAUGUUAAUAGAAUAGGCAUAUUCUGGCUGGUGUGGAUAAGUGUUUUUUUUUUUAAGCAAAUCACAGGAAACAUAGCUAGCUCCACUUAUACGAGGAAAAGUAGACUGUAAAUCGCUGGGCUGCCUUCUGAGAACUUGGAAACUGUGCUGAUAGUUAGUAAGCACCUCAGUUGUGAGGAAUUUCCUCUUUAGCUUAGACUGCUAUUACUUUUACUUGGUAGAAGUGAAUCUGGUCUCCGAAAUAUGGCUCAAAAUUUAUCCCUGUAGACCUUGUUAGAUUGUUUUUAAUUUAAAACCUUGAACUCUGCCCAGCUGUUUUCUUUCAGUCAAGUCCUCCAAACCAAUAACAUUUUCCAAAUUAAAUAUUCGUGAAGGUUUCUCUGGACGCUUACUGAUUUGUUUCCUUUCUUUACAUUUUUCCUCUGUUACCCUUUUAUUAUUUAAAUUGUCUUUUGCUUUUGAACUUGAACUAUGAAAUAAACAAAUCAUAGAUUUUUCCAUUCA